AUGUCGGCCUCCGCUGCGCUGUCCCUGCUUCACCAGCUGACAUCUUUGCAAGAUCUGACUGUCGUAUUCGGCGGCAUUUACCUACACGAGUUCUCUGCGAACCUAUCCUUCGAUUGGAGGCUUGUCACGCGAAUCCAUACGCGUUCCACUCUCGCAUCGGUAGCGAAAUCGGUCUACCUAGCAUGUCGGAUCCUCAUGCUCAUAUACAGUGUUUGUGUGGUCGUUAUUACAUUUCCUGGUCAUCCGCGCUGUCAUGCCCUGUUAAAGCUCUUCACUGUGACGGGCUGGUUCAGUGUUCUGUGCUCCUCACUGCUGAUGAGUAUACGCGUUGGUGCCGUAUGGCAAUGGGACAAGCGUGUCACCAUUGGAUUGACUCUCGUCUGGCUGGCGACAUUUGCAUCCACGAUAUAUUCAAUGUCUGAGAUCGACUCAUCGUACGAGGCACCGAUACUCAGCUGUGCUUUCACAGGAGUGCACAGGGGUUUGAUUCCAGCUGCAACCUUGAUUAUUAGUGACUGCACGAUACUUACUUUGCUCCUUCUCGGCCUCCAAAAGAGAUGGAAAAAUGCUCGUCAGUAUUAUACAUGGAAUCUCCUGUGGACACAGGGCCUCUUAUACCUUCUUCUUGCCAUGGUCCUCGAAUUGCCAACAGUAAUCCUAUUGGCCAUGGACAUUGACUCCAUCAUGAAUACAAUGAUGGUGACCCCAGCAGCGAUCAUCUUAACUAUCGCAGCUUCACGAAUGUACAGAUCUCUUCAUGCAUUGGCACAAGGGGACAGUACUGCUUCCGAUCAUUUCACGAACGGGACCACACACGACGCCCACUUCGUCGCCAGGCAGAUCGAACUUCAAGACAUGCACAAAACAUGA